AUGCUACAUCCAGAUGAAUUGAAUGCAAUUCAAAAAUUAAAUGAAAUGUUUGAAAAGGAAGAAAAAUCAGAUCAAAUACAACAAGAAAGUCGUAAAGAUCGUUAUCGUCAUAGUCAAACAGCCUCAUCUGUAUUUCGAUGCAGUGAAACACGUACAUUCAACACACCACUAGGAGAUGACAGUCAAUUAGUACCCACUGGUUUGCCAAGAAUUCAAACAAAAAUUGCAGUGAAAAUAUUAGAACGUGAUUGUUGUAUUACAGUAACACUUGAUCCGACGGCGAAACCUGAAAGUGUACGUGCCAUGUUCGAUUUAAAUGAAGAGGUGAUUAUCAUCGGUUAUCAACGAUUGGUAACACUCAAGACAUUGGAGAAUUUACCAAUGAAAUUGGAGGCUAUCAUUGAACAAAAUGAAAAUUUCGAUUAUGACUUGACUACAUAUGUUGAACAUAAGUAUAAAGUUAGCUUAGACAUGUAUUAUUUGAAUUCAGCACGUGUGAAACAGAAAAAGAAUAUCAUUUACAUUAUGAUACCACGUAAAUUGAAGUCAAAUGAAAUCACUCUGUAA